UUGGGUGAAAUGAUUUUUAAUUUCGGAUAUAUAUGGGCAGUCCUUUUUGCAUCUAAUACAGUUUUUGGUAUUUACAUUCCCUUUCAUGGCAACAGAUACGACGAAGCUGGAAGAAAUAGUUUUACGAGUAGCUUCAGUAGGACCACAUGGUGUCACCGACGAAGAGGUUAGAAAGAGCCUACCUGAAAAUAUCUCUCCAAACGAAAGGUUGCAAACAUAUAACAAUCUGUUGCAACGUGGAAGACUCCAAUUAAAGAAACUUCACGGCAAACUUUUCUAUCAAGCAGUCGAGGAACAGGUUGCCAAUAAACUGCAAGGAUUGUCAACAGAAGAACGUUUGGUGUAUAGCCACGUCGAAGAAGCUGGAAAUAAAGGAAUAUGGACAAGAGACUUGAGAAACAUUAGUCGACUGCAGCAGACUCAGUUGACGAAAAUCUUAAAAAACUUGGAGUUGAAGAAACUUGUAAAGCCAUUCAAAUCUGUCAAGUCGAAGAACAAGAAGCUUUAUAUGCUCUUUGACUUAGAACCUUCGAUUGAUGUUACGGGUGGUCCUUGGUAUUACAAUCAGGAAUUCGAUGCAGAAUUUUUCGAUGUGUUGUAUCAACAGUCUUUGCGGUUUAUUCGUGGAAGUUCCACAGGUGUUGCAGUUGAGGAAGUAGCGAAUUAUAUCACAUCUUUGGGUAUAUCCAAAGAAAAACUAGAGAUCAAAGACUUUGAAAGUCUCUUACAAACCAUGAUUUAUGAUGGAGUUAUAGAAAGGAUAUGUAAAGGUACCGACCUUGAAAAAUCAACUACAGUAUAUCGUUACUGUCAUCAUACCUCACCCUUUGCAACACUUGGAGAGGUCCCUUGUGGUAUCUGUCCUGUAUAUAAGAGUUGUUCCAUUGAUGGUGUUAUAUCUCCUGUCAAUUGUGUAUAUCUUCGAAAAUGGGAAGAAAGUUUAGAAUUUUAAAACCACUUUCAAGACACUCAGCCUGGACGAGUUUUUGAAUAGUUUUUGUAUUCCAUUUUGUUUUGUAACAUGACCAAUUCUCUUGAAUGAAAAUACUUUGUUCUGUAAUUGCGUACUGAGCUAAUGAAGAAUGUACAAGCUUU